GCAGUUUAAGCAAGGGUGGGAGCACUUGGGAACAGCACGGCAAGAAAAAAAGUUAUUUGCAACUUUCCCGAACUGAUAGGAAGAGCAUGCAUUUCUAUGUGUUAAGUGAAUAACGCAUGAGCGUGUGUUUGGUACAUCUACUGUCCAAACACUGCUAACUUUGGUAGCAUGAAUAGCUAACGAAGCUAACGGAAAAGCUUCAGCAGCUAAUAACAGCUAACGUUGACAUGUCUUAACUUUAACUCUACCUCUUCUUAGUGAACGUCAAAUAACCGUUUGUGAACGGCUAGUUCCUUAACACAAAAGAAUCACGAGCCAAGUUUAUAACAAGCGAUAAAACAACAUGAACUCUAAUAAAUGAAGUUAGCCGUCGUGCAAAGUAGUCCAAUUCAUCUGCAGGUGCGUAAACGCCCGUUAUUUUUAAAGGUUCUUCUCAUUGGACAAAGGUGCACUAGCCCCGCCUACACAGGUUAACUGCCCUAUAAACUGGAACGGCGAAUGACACCAGGAUGGGACGGAUAGCAAGGAUGUGCCACAACUGAGGCCAAACUCUCACCACUCUGCCGCAUUUAGAACUGCUUGCCCUUUUUCGCUUUCUCGUAGCAGCUUGACAGCAGAGCCAUUUGACGGGAAGACACAGACUGGAUAUGUCCCACGUAUCUGACUCAGCAGAUCCCAGGGAUGUCUAAAAACUAAUUAAUGUGAGUCAAUGGACCAAAGAAAGUAUCCUGGUACAAUGUUCAGGCAAUGUUCAGAUACAUCGUCCAAAAGGCGUGGUGGUGGGCUCAACCUGCCCCAGCCUCCUCACCCCCCUGUCCAUCAGGGUCGUAUCCGUGCUGUGGAGGUGGCAAGAGGGAGAACGGGGUAUGGCUUCACGCUCUCUGGCCAGAGUCCCUGUGUCCUCAGCUGCAUCCUGAAAGGGAGCCCUGCAGAUUACGUAGGGCUACGCUCUGGAGACUUCAUCCUCUCCGUCAACGACAUCAACGUCUCCAAAGCAUCGCACGAAGACGUGGUGAAGCUCAUCGGACGCUGCUCUGGCGUUUUGAAGCUGGUCACCGCCGAGGGGGAGCGCCCCAGGCGGCACCACCAGCGCAGCACUAGCAGUCGGCACCAUAACGCCAACGCCGCUUCCUACCUGGACUCCUGCUCCAGCGACGACGAGCUGGACGGCUUCUACGACAGCAGCGCCAACAACAACAACAGCAGGUCGGGCUGUGGCGCCCAUGGGGCUUGGUACAAACCCAAAUUGGAUUCUAAGCAGCUGGGCAUCAACCGGGCGGAGAAGGUGGUCGCGGAGCUGCAAUCUGGAGGAAUCUUCAACAUGAUCUUUGAGAAUUCCAGCCAUUCCUCUAGCAGCUCUGACAAGGACAGACCUGGGGUCAACUCGUCAUCCAAGCCCCGUCCGUUGUCCGAUCCGGAGUUCCCUCCAUAUAUGAGCUACUCACAUUCCCAGAGCAACCCCAACUUACUCUCUGAGGAGGAGAUGGCCCAAGUUCUGAAUGACGACUCGGUCUUCCUGGAUGCAGACUUCCGCCAACUCCACCUACACCAGCAAGACGAGCAAGACGUGGAUGUAGGAGAUGGGGGCGAUUUGGGCUUAGAACCUGGGGAGGGUAUCCUCAACGUGGGCAUGAUUGUUGGGUAUCUGGGCUCUAUUGAGCUGGCCUCCACUGGGAUGAGUUUAGAGAAUGACAGCCUGCAGGCCAUCAGAGGCAGCAUGAGGCGCCUCAGGGCAGAGCAGAAGAUUCAUUCACUGGUUCUUAUGAAGGUCAUGCAUGACAGUGUGCGUCUGUGCAGUGACAGAGGUCAGGUUCUGGCCACGUAUCCUGCAGAAAAACUAGCCUUCAGCGCAUGUUGCCCGGACGACCGGCGAUUCUUCGGACUGGUCACGAUGCAGGCCACGGACGACCACGACGACCGGGCUCUCAGUAACGGGAGAGAUGAGGAGGGCGGUUUGAGGACUUCCUGCCACGUGUUCAUUGUGGACCCAGACCUCUGCCACCACCAGGUCCAUGCAGGCAUAUCCAGAAGGUUUGGUUUUGAGUGUACUCCCGACCCAGACACAGGAGGUUGCCUGGAAUUCCCCCCCAGUUCUCACCCUCUCCUCCAGUUCGUCUCUGUCCUCUACCGGGACAUGGGAGACAACAUUGAGGGGGUCCGGGCCCGGGCCUUCCACGAUCCUGACAAUGAUGCCCAACAGAACCACAGCACCAGCAGCAACAGUGACAGUGGAAUUGGAAAUUUUUUACCAGAAGAGAAAAGCAACAGGGUGCUGUUAGUAGACCUCGGCGGUCCCCCCAAUCACAACCAUGUCUCUGGGCCACGCCACUGGGACAGCCCUCCUUCUUCCCAGCAGGCCUGGAGCCCCACCUUAGGAGCUGCAGCUUCCCACCCACCUCCUCCCCCUCCUCCUCCGGCUUUACGAAAUGGACAUUACCGCCACGAUCCACACAUGGCUGACCUUCCUCACCCUCUCCCUCUAGCACACCCUGAUAUGCCUGGAAGGCACUCACGAGGGGUCCACUCGCACCACUACUCACCAGGGAAGCGGGGAGGGGCUGUGGCCGCAGGAGAAAAGAGAGGGGCUGGAGGAGUCGGGGUGGAGCCACAGCGUUGGCUGCCAGUCCAUGUGCUACGAGACUGGCGUCAACAGCACCACCACAGCCACCUCCAGGGCCUGAGCAGCGACCAGGAGUCCUACGCUGAAUCCACUGACGGAUGGUCAUCGGCCAACUGCAGCACCCUGCCCCCACCCAUGAAUAAGAUCCCGGCCGAUCGCUACCGGGCCCCGCUGGCCCCUGGAGACCACCUGCCACCACCUGGGGGAAGCCAGCCUCCUCCUCCUCCACAUCCCCAUUCCCACACCCACCGGCUGGCUGUUCAGAAGGAUGAGUGGGCCAAGAAGCUGUUCGGUGCCGGGCACAGGGAGCGAGCCGGAGCAGAAGGAGGUGAACGAGAGAAGAAGCGAGGGAACAACAAGGAGGGAGAGAAAAAGGGUGGGCGGUUUCGUGGUCUGACCAUGGGCUUCCCUCCUCUUUCCCAGCGCUCCUCCAUUAGACGCAGCUUUGGACGGUCCAAACGCCUCAGCCUGGCCCGCUCACUAGACGACCUGGAGUCUGCUGCAGUCUCCGAUGGAGAACUGAACAGCGUGGAGCUGCAGGGCUGCAGCAGUGACAACAGUCUGAACAGUAAUGCCAGUCUGCCCAGUGUGCAGAGCCACCGGCGCCACACUGAGAGGAGGGUGGCCAGUUGGGCCGUCUGCUUCGAGAGGCUGCUCCAGGACCCCGUGGGAGUCCGCUACUUCUCGGAGUUUCUAAAGAAAGAGUUCAGUGAGGAGAACAUCCUUUUCUGGCAGGCUUGCGAGUUCUUCAGUCACGUCCCUGAAAAUGACAAGAAGCAGCUUUCUCAGCGUGCCAGAGAGAUCUACAACAGCUUUUUGUCCAGCAAGGCCACGACACCGGUCAACAUAGAUAGCCAGGCUCAGCUCGCUGACGACAUCCUCAACGCCCCUCGGCCGGACAUGUUCAAGGAGCAGCAACUGCAGAUUUUCAACCUAAUGAAGUUCGACAGCUACACACGAUUCCUCAAGUCUCUGCUGUACCAGGAGUGUAUGCUGGCAGAAGUGGAGGGCAGGCCGCUUCCUGACCCUUACCACAUCCCCAGCAGUCCCACCUCCAAACACAGCACCACUGGCUCUGACCGCUCCAACCUCUCCACACCCAAGAAGGAAGACAAAAAGAGCAAGUCCGGCCGCUCUUUGAAUGAGGACAGUCGUGAUGACUCCGGAGACAGGAAGAAAGGCAUGUUCUUCUCCUGGUCGCGCAACAGGAGCUUUGGAAAAGGCCCGAAGAAACGAGAGCUGGCCGACUUCAACUACAACUUUCCUGGCAGCAACGGUCGCCGUGAGUCCCAGGGUUCACUGUCCUCAGGAGCCAGUCUGGAGCUGGGGACAUCGGGGCCGGGGAGAAACGAGGGGGACGUCUCCCGAGGUGCGGCGUCAACCGAGCGAGGAGGAGGCAGUGCCCCCUUGAGGCAGUGUAACAUAACCUUGCCAGACGGCUCAUGUUGCUCUGUGCCUCUGAGGGCUGGGGUGUCCAUCAGGGACCUGCUGCUGGGCCUCUGUGAGAAGCUCUGCAUCAACCUGGCAGCUAUUGACCUCUUCCUGGUUGGAGGCGAGAAGCCACUUGUUUUGGACCAGGACUGUAUGACGCUGUGCUCUCGAGACCUCCGACUAGAAAAGCGCACUCUCUUCAGACUGGACUUGGUGCCUAUUAACCGCUCUGUGGGCCUAAAAGCUAAACCGACCAAGCCGGUCACUGAAGUGCUCCGGCCUGUGGUUGCCAAAUACGGCCUGCACCUGUCUGACUUGGUGGCACGCAUAAGUGGAGAGUCGGAACCUUUGGAUCUAGGUCUUCCUAUUUCCAACCUGGAUGGGCUGCGAGUGGUGUUAGAUACAGCAGAGCACAUUCCUGGAAAAGCAGACAAGCAGACAAACAAAGUAGCUCCCUCUAAGGGUCACAGCCUGGCCUCCACCAGCAGGAACCAGUCAACAGGGGAGGACAGGCCAUCAGGGAAAGCCGGUUCAGCCCACCCCAGUAGGGAAUACAGCAAGGCUGGGUCCAGCCCUGACACAAGCAGCCAGCCCUUCCCCAACCACUCUGUCUCUCUCCAUAAGGCUCCGGAGAAACGAAAGCAGAAAAAGAUUAAUAUAGAUGAAGCUGAAGAGUUCUUCGACCUCAUAUCCAAAGCUCAGAGCAACCGAGCAGACGACCAGCGAGGCCUGCUAAAUAAAAGCGACCUCCAGCUCCCAGACUUUCUGCGCCUGUCGCCAAUAGCAACCAAGCAGGCUACGCCUCCUCUCUGCAACCCUGAGCCCAGUUGCUCCACCCCCAAUUCCCGUAACCCCGGCAACGGCAGCUUCCCCGGCAGCGGUCGUCAAGGCGGUAAGGCGACCGGCGCUGACAGGGAAGGCGGAGGCAGCGGCCACUUGCUCAACGCGAGCCACCAGUCCCAGAGCUUGGACUCUGCUCUUGGCAGUGGAGGGGCGAGGAGAGCCAGACCACCGCCUCCGUUUCCUGGCACCAUCUCCCCCAUUCAUUCAUCCCAAGGCGCCCAGCGUGGUGUCUAUCAGGACUCUGGCAGGGGAGAGGUGGUGCAGAUGCUGGAGGAGGACAACCUGUCUGAUCUGACUUUGGUGGGAGAGGGGGACAUUAACAGCCCCAGCCUCAACUACAUCACUCCAUCAGCUCUGCCUUGCAAACCCCACCCCCGACCCCAUCAACAAGCACAGGACGGUCGGCCUAGCUCAGGUACCUCCCCCGUGUGAACUUUGGAAACUUUAACUUUCACCUGACCUCAAGCGGGACUGGAGACCCACUGAAGUCAGUUUGAAGUUCCUUGUCGGCCACUCCUGCUGUGGCUGAGCAUCCAAAUGCAUCCAGAUCUCCUCCUGUCCAUCAUUUAGUGAGAGAGCACCUUCAAAUUUCAGAAUUUCUAAAACCAAAAUCAAAUUACAAAAGAAUUUCCCCCAGAGUAAAAAUGUGCAUAUAAACAGAAUGUAAAAUUAGGUAAUAGUGUCAUGGUUUAUGGCAUACAAAAAGUGUUUGUUUGGUCAGACACUCUAUAUAUUGAUUUGCUAUAAUGAUAUACGCACUAGCUUUUUUGAACCAGCAUCUGCUGGUAAAUAAGAGCAUCAUGAAAAAUAACAGGUCAGGCGGAAGAAAAGAGGAAAAAUGGAUGCAUUCAUUUUUUGAGUGGUGUAUAUCUGUGAACUUUUGUGUGGACUUGCUGUGGAUUUUUCUUUUGGAGACGGAAGCUCGAGGACGAGCUCAAGAUGAAUUGGUGUUGAUCAGUGCCAAACUCGUCCUGCCCCCCCACCCCCCUCCAGUGUACAGAAUCUAAUAAUGCACUUUAGCCAAUUACAGAAAAGACUUCACACAUUUAAAAUGUUUUCUCCAUUUUUUUAGCUUCCACAUUACAAACCUCCUUGCUACAGGUGGUAGAACUGUCAUAAGCUCCGAAAACAACGAUGAUCUGCUAAUAAUUACUAGUAGCUGUUUCUGCAUUUCUUCGUGUUAUUUACCAGUUUGAGCACGAUGGAUGUCUGGAUCUUUGUGAUCCAGAAGAUUCUGCGCCGACAUCUGCACACAUCUGCUCUUUUCCACUAAUCAGCAGUCCAGCAGUGUUUUUAGCUGUUCACACCUGCAGAGUUGUAGCCGGAGAAACGCGUCUGACCAGUCAAACCGUUUCAUCUUUCACCUCUUCUUCACUUUAUCCUGUAAUUUAUCCCACCUCCACGACAGUUUAAUUUGUAUCCACUCACCAGCCACUUUAUUAGGUACACCAUGCUAGUACUCCGAUUGCUUUCAGAACUGCCUUAAUUGUUCGUGCUAUGGAUUCAGGAAGUUGUGAUGACUGUAGCCGCCUGAAGAUGAUGGAGCAACAAUACUUAGAACUUAAGUGAUGCUCUCUUGGUACUAAAGGCCCUAAAGUCCUCACACCAUUGCACAUUGAAAGCAUGGAGUUGCUGCCAUGUGACUGGCUGAUUAGGUAUUCAUGUCAACAAGCUGCUGAACAGAUGUACCUAACAAAGUGUGUGGUGAGUAUAGCCUGUGUAGCCUUGUAUUGCUCUAGUUGUAGAAGAACUCAGUCCAGACUCGCUGUUUCUUCAGUUGUUUCUUAUUAGAAAUCAACUCUCCCCUGCUCCGCUCUGCUCAGUCGACUGAACUGUCUGUAAAUAGAUCAAAUAAAUCUUUUAGACGUUCA